GGGUAUGCCGGACGAGCGGAAGAUAAGGAUAUAUGGCUGAUCCCUGAUUUUGGCUACUGGUCAUCGCCCGAGACAAAAGUGGGUUCUAUGUGUGCAGUCCAGAUGAAAGCCGCAUUAGCCGAACAAGUCGACGGAUGGCCAUGGCAGGGAAAGGUGAAAAAAAUCCUUCGGCGAGGCGCCACUAUGGGUUUGGAAUUACGGGAGAAAUUCCUUGAAGUCACCCGGGAUGAACCCUGGGCGGAUGUGAAGGCCUUGAACUGGAAGGAUAAAGACUCUAUGGCCACCGAUCUCAAGUCUAUGCCAGAGCACUGCCAGUACAAAUAUCUGGCACCCACGGAAGGGAAUUCCUACUCCGGACGACUCAAAUACCUCCAAAGCUGCAAAUCAGUCGUGGUCGCACACAAAAUGAGCUGGAUUCAACAUCAUCAUCCUCUCAUGCAAACAAGUGGGGCCCAACAGGAUUUCGUCGAAGUUGAGCGUAACUACGAGGACCUCGAACAGAAGAUCUUAUGGCUUCGAAAUCAUGACUAG